GUCCCGGAUGGCACGCGUGCGUGGUUUGGUCACGUGGUUGACCACUCGGUCCGGUUGGUGGAGCGCAUCCGGAAGGCGCUGGACAUCAAGGACGGCUUCGUGUUCGGAGGCCCUUGCUGGCGGGAAAUCGAGCAGAGCUCUCGGGCUGUGAGAGAGGAGGAGAAGUUCUUGAAAAAAUGCACAAGAUUGUGAAAGGAUGACUGAUCAGGAGCGUUUGUUACCUGAAUGGAUGGCAUCAGAAGAAACUUGUAAGCAACUAAAGGCUCCUUGUAUCAAAAAUGUUUUGGAGGACAAACUUCCCUUCUUGAAAUUUCCUGGGUCUAUUAUUUACAGUUAUGAAGGAAGUGAUUGUUCAUUUCUAUCAGAAGAUUUAAGGUAUUUUGUUCAAAGUGAAUCAGCCAUUGGGUUUGACAUAGAGUGGCCUCCAACUUACGUGAAGGGGAAGGUGAGAAAAGUGGCACUUAUUCAACUGUGUGCCUCUGAAAACAAAUGCUACCUGUUCCACAUAUCUUCCAUGUCAGGAUUUCCAAGUGGACUCAAAAGAUUACUGGAAGAUGAAGCAAUUAAAAAAGUGGGUGUUGGAGUUCGUGGAGAUUAUUGGAAACUAAUGAAAGACUAUGAUAUUACAAUGAAAGGCCUUGUGGAAUUGUCGGAGAUAGCUAACAAAAGGUUAAAUUGUGCAGAGACGUGGAGUCUGAAUGGUUUGGUGAAGCACCUGUAUGGUAAACAGCUGUGGAAGGAUACAGCUGUCCGCUGUAGCAACUGGGAUACAUUUCCACUCAGCAAUGAGCAGCAGCAGUAUGCAGCAGUCGAUGCCUACGCUGGUCUUAUAAUUUAUCAAAAAUUAAAUAGUUUGGAUGUUGGCAGAGGAAAGCAGCUUCAUAAUAAAGAUGACCAGAAGCUGCUCCCAACUCUUUUUAUAAGAUCUAAUCUGAUCUCUAUUGCCCAUGAGAUGGAGCAUUUAGCACAGAUGGUUCCUUAUUCCCACAUUAGUGGCAUUGAAAGUAGAGCUACAAAUAUCUUGAACGUUAUUUCUGAAAAUGUUUCUGAUUUGCGGAAGAUUUUGACUGAAGCAACAUCUGGAAUUGGUGUACGACCAGGGAAUGAAGCAGAAAUUAAAUUGCUUAGGGGCAAUGAAGGAGAAAAUAAUUUUUCAGAAAAUAGUUUGGAAGCGGCUGAAAUGACAAAACGGAGUUGUCAAGAACCAGACCCAGAGAGUCACUUGACUGACGUGCCAUUAGAUCUGUAUAACAGCAGUGUAGACCACAUACAAAACAUGAAGAACCAAACAACUGACCAAAAUGAUGCAGAAAGCAAUCAAAAUAAAUGUGAGGAUUAUCUGAUGUCUUUGGACAUAACAGAAUAUGAGCUUCAGAUGUUAGAACGUCAAGCACAAGAGGAAGAUGCACUGAAUAAUAUUUCUUCUUUGCCAAAUAAGGCUCCUAAAGUGAAUGAAGAAGCAGAUCUUUCUUGUGUGAUUGAAAGUGACGAGGAGCUGGAGAAUGAGAUGGUCAAAAUACUGCACGAUCUGGACACCUCUGAAAUGGAUUCUGAAGAAUCCUUCCGUUUACUUGACAAGUCUACACCAGAGCAGUCCUUUGGAGCGGAUGAUGAGGAAGAUGAAAAGAUCAAGGAAGAAGAGGAGAAAUGGGAUGCUGCAAUACCAGAACCAAAUGCAAAACAGAUCAAAUGUCUGAAAACUUACUUUGGACAUUCUAAUUUUAAACCGGUUCAGUGGAAUGUUAUCCAUUCAGUGCUUCAAGAAAGAAGAGAUAAUCUAGUUGUUAUGGCAACUGGUUAUGGUAAGAGCUUAUGCUACCAAUUCCCAGCUGUCUACACAGGAGGUGUUACAAUAGUCAUUUCGCCCUUGAUAUCUUUGAUGGAGGAUCAAGUAUUACAAUUAAACAUGUCCAACAUAACAGCUUGUUUCCUUGGCUCUGCCCAGGCACAGAAAUUUUCCCAUGAACUAAUGAAGGGUCAUUUCAGAGUUGUUUACAUGACACCUGAAUACUGUUCAGGAUCGAUGUUGUUACUCAAGAAACUUGAUGAUAGCAUUGGUAUCGUUCUAGUUGCUGUGGAUGAGGCUCACUGUAUAUCUGAGUGGGGACAUGAUUUCAGGAGUGCUUACAGGUCGUUGGGGUCUAUAAAACAAGUCCUGCCACAGGUUCCAGUCGUUGCCUUAACUGCCACUGCAAGUCCUUCAAUCAGAAAUGACAUCAUAGAGAAUCUGAAGCUGAAGAAUCCUCGGGUUGUCUGCACAACCUUUGAUCGGCCAAACCUGUACUUAGAAGUUGGUUGUAAAUCUACAGAUAUUAAGCAAGACUUAAAACAGUUUUUAAUCAAAAAGGACAAGUUCUCCUUUGAGUUUGAAGGACCCACUAUAAUUUACUGCAGAUCCAGGAAAGCUACAGAAUCAGUGUCUGGAGCAUUGUCACAGCUGAAUGUCAUUUGUGGCACGUACCAUGCAGGCCUGGGCAUCAAGGCCAGGAGAGAGGUGCACCACAAGUUCAUGAGGGACGAAAUUCAGUGUGUUGUAGCUACCAUUGCUUUUGGCUUGGGAAUUAACAAGCCUGAUAUCCGUAAAGUUAUUCAUUAUGGAGCUCCUAAAGAAAUGGAAUCAUAUUAUCAAGAAAUUGGGAGAGCUGGCCGGGAUGGUUUGCCCAGUGGUUGUCACGUCUUAUGGAGUUCUGCUGACAUGAUGUUAAACAGGCAGCUGCUGAAUAAGAUUAAGAGUUCAACAUUCCGUAACUACAAAAUUAAGAUGAUGGAAAAAAUGAAGAAAUACCUCACUUCAUCCAAGUGCAGAAGAAAUAUUAUCUUGUCUCAUUUUGAAGAUGAACAGCUCAGGAAGGCCACGCUUGGGAUCCUUGGAACUGAUAGAUGUUGUGACAAUUGUAGAUUAAGAAUUGGAAGCUUUAUUCCUGCAGAUGACCAAGAAAAUGAGAUGGAUGAUUUUGGAAAGGAAGCUUAUCAGCUGCUGACUGCAAUAUGUAUUUUAGGAGAAAAGUUUGGUCUUGGAGUCCCUGUUUUAUUCUUGCGGGGUUCUUACUCACAGCGUUUGCCAGAAAAGCAUCGUAAUCACCAUCUGUUUGGCAGUGGCAAGAACCGUCCUGAAAACUGGUGGAAGGCAUUAGGUCAUCAACUUACCAUCGAGGGCUUCCUGAAGGAAAACUCUACCUUCAAGAGAUUUGCUGUCACAGUAGCUCUUUCCACAAAGGGGCGAGCAUGGUUGGAGAAGGCAGCUAAUGAGUCUUGUCGUACUCUUCUACUUCCAUCCACUGAAGAACUGAGUCCAAAAGUUCAUGUUCAUCCUCCAACUUCAUCACCAAUAUCCUCUCAACGAUCUUCUGCAUUGGCCACUCAGUCAGAGUUUCAGAAUGUGUCAUCGCGUGACCGAUUUGUAAGAGAGCAGAGAAAAGAGUAUGGAAAGCUGUUUGUCACAUCUGCAAUUAAAAGUCACCUUUUUGCGCCACUCUCCUUUAGACCUCCAGUAAGAACCGUUCCCUCUGAACCAACCCCAUCACCCAGGGAAAUGGAGUUGCAGAGUCAAUUAUAUGGUAAAUUGCUGACAGCAAGGCAGAAUAUUGCCAGUGAGAAAGAUGUUCCUCCAGCUAUUUUGGCUACGAACAAAAUAUUACUAGAGUUUGCCAAGAUAAGGCCAACAACUCCGGAUAAUCUGAAAAGAAUUGACGGUGUAUCUCUAGCUAAGUCAGCUGUGCUUGCUCCUUUCCUAAAAAUUAUCAAGGAGUUCUGCAAAGUCAAUCAAUUGGAGGUGGACAAGUUUCCUGUUUCAACUCAAAAUCCAGUGGUCCAUCCAAACUCUGCCUUUCACCCCCAGUCUAAUAUUGUGUCUUUAACAACGAUCAGCACCAGGGAUUCAAGCAAUGUGAUUAUUCCUGCAGUUGGUCGCCAUUCAUUUGCACCAAAAUCUGAUAACAUGGGUGUUAAUCAAGCUGGACUUGGUCAUCCAGUCCAGGAGCUGAAUGUGAGGACGAUGCACAAUCCUUCAUCUACUUCAGACUUUAAGAAGGCACUUGUUCAGACAGACAAUGAUGAUAAGCACUCUUGCCAGACACAAAGUUCCCAUGUUGAAACUAAUCUUCCCCAAGUAGAUUCAGCAGCGUCCAGUUCCGAAUCUCAUGUCAAAGAAGAACUAAUCUGGAUUGAAACAUCUGGAAAGCACACAGGAAGCAGACAAAAAGUGCCAACCGAUAAGCUCUCUCUUAGUUUAGAACCAGGGAUGCAGCAUAAUGCACGCACAAAAGAAUUGCCUGAUGAUUCACAGGCAGAGGAGAAGCAAAUGGACACAGAAAAACCAGAAGUGACACCUUGCCAUCAAAAUCAAACUGCUGGAAAUGGUCAGAAAAGCAUAUCCUCAGUGAGUUUUGUAUCCUGGAAUGAUCCAUUGAUUGAUACUUCUGUCAGGGAUUUAUUUGAUGAUCCACAAUCAGAGAUCUGCAGUCAGUCAACAAAGAGAAAACUCCCAGAGUGGUUUGGGUCUUCAAAACCACAUGAACUCUCUUGUACUGCUAUAAAGAAGGCAAAAAAGAGAAAAGGACUCUUCAGUUGAAACUAUAUUGUUGCCACUGGUUUUUGGAUAAAUGCUUCAAUACUAUACUGCACCUGGUGACAAAAUAAAAAUAAGCCAUUUGGGUUUUGCCCAGCAUUUCAAUUGUAUUGCACAUUAUUUCUGCCAGGGACAGCCUGGUGAGAAGCCUUCUGUGAGGGAGGAUGAAAGCAGCUGAAGAUGGCAAGAUGAUGUCCUGUUGUUGUAAGACUGAAUCCUGAAUGUAUUCAAAUUCACUGUUAAGCUUUAAUGACAUUCUUAUGCAAUGUGAAAAUGUUCACACAGCACCUGUCCCCUUGCAGGUGUUAGCUCUAUUAUCAUUACUGAAUUCUGUAGUACAUAUAUUUUCAAAAUUGUGUUAAUGUGGAAUCAUUCCUACACUAACAUGAGUAACAGAUAAGGCAUUUUAACUAAGUAUUGUUUUUCAAUUGUUUUGAAACUGCGUUGUAAGAUAUUCUGCAACAAUGUUUGCAGAACAAGCAGAGGACUUGAAAUGGUGGAAAGUCUACAAAAACUUUAAUUUUGUACAGUAAGGAUGCUGAGAAUUCUAAAUCAAUUUAUAAUGUACUAACUAAUACCAAGAGGUGCAUAAUCUUGAUCAAAAUAAUUUUGCAUGUCUUAUAACAGAAGGAAUAAUAUUUUACCCUACGUAAUGUGCUGUUCUUCAAAAUGUUUCUUUUGCAAACUUAACAAAAUUUUUAGAAACAAUGGUUUAGUGCAUCAGUACUAUCUGCCACAAUGUAUUAAAAAUGUGCAGAUAAAAACUUACGAUCCAGUGGAAAGUUUCCAAGUCUGCCAAACAAUCACAGAUGUUGAGCAACACCAAUGUACUUUUCUAUAGAUGAAAAGGGGAAAAAUGGAGGUUGUCAUAAGACCUCUCUAGGUCGUUCAGACUUGUAAGAAUGCUCAUUCUUUGCGCUGGUAUGUUUGGAUAUAGAAAGGUGCCAUUAAUGAUGAAAAUAACAUGCUGUUUGGGAAAGGAAAUUUAAUUAAAUGUGAACGUAAAACAAA